AUGACAAGUAAGUUUGAAAAACGGAACAAGUUUGAAGGGCAAGAUUUUCGUAGAUGGCAGAAGAAGAUGAAGUUUUUCCUUACCACUCUGAAAGUGGUGUAUGUUCUGAGUACACCCAUGCCAGUCUUACCAGAAUAUGUUGAAGAUGAACCUUUGGAGGCAACAAGAAGAAGAUCAAAGUGGGAAAAUGAUGACUAUAUAUGUCGUGGUCAUAUUCUCAAUGGUAUGUCUGAUUCUCUUUUUGACAUUUAUCAAAAUUUUGAAUCUGCAAAAGAACUAUGGUAUUCUCUUGAAUCCAAGUACAUGGCUGAAGAUGCUUCUAGUAAGAAGUUUCUUGUUAGUAACUUUAUGAGUUACAAGAUGAUUGACUCCAGAACUGUUAUGGAACAAUUCCAUGAAAUGUUGAGGAUUCUGGGACAGUUUGCUCAACACAAUUUAAAAAUGGAUGAAGUCAUUUCUGUGGCUGUGAUAAUUGACAAACUGCCCCCUUCCUGGAAGGAUUUUAAACACAAUUUGAAACAUAACAAAGAGGAAUUGACUUUGACUCAACUUGGAAGCCAUUUAAGGAUUGAAGAGUCCAUAAGGACUCAAGAACUUGAUAACAAUCCUAAAGGCAAGAACCAAGAUGAUAAAGUUGCAUGGUGGGUUGAUUCGGGAGCAACAAGUCAAGUUUGCAAAGAUCUAUAUUGGUUUAAGAACUUUCAACCAAUUGAAGAUGGAUCUGUUGUGAAGAUGGGAAAUGUUGCAACUGAACCAAUUAAGGGCAUAGGAUCUGUUUUACUUAAUUUUACUUUUGGGAAAUGUUUGUGUUUGAACAGUGUUUUAUAUGUUCCAUGGAUUCGUUAG